AUGCGCAACAAACCGAGGACUUUGGAAUUGUUCUACGGGAGUUUUACCCCCCCGGAAAUGAGCAAUGCGAGAUGCCAGGCAUACAACGACGGCACCCUAGAACGACCAAUUGAGACGCUCGAGCAUGCAUGUCGCGACACGGCUGACCAGAACCGCGAUGUCCCGAUCGGCAAAGCUGUCGUCCACUGGUUCAAGACUGACCUGCGCUUGCACGACAAUCGAUCGCUCCAAAAGGCUCAGGAAUUGGCGCGCGACAACAACGUCCCUCUAAUAGGACUCUAUAUCCUCUCCCCCGAAGAUUUCACAGCCCACUGUGUCAGUCCGGCAAGAGUAGAUUUCAUCCUGCGAACCCUGCAGCGGCUGCAGCGAGACUUGGGUGAGCUCGAUAUUCCACUAUAUAUGGAAAUGCAGGAGAAACGGAAGGCUAUCCCCAACCGAGUUGUUGCUCUAUGCCAAACAUGGGAGGCCCACCACUUGUUUGGAAACAUCGAGUACGAAGUAGACGAAUUGCGUCGCGACGCGAAACUGGUUCGCCUUUGUUCGGGAAAGGGCAUCGCUUUCAACCUUUCUCACGAUACUUGCGUUGUGCCCCCCUGGCUUGUUGAGCUCGCAGCAGGGGCGGCAAACCCCGACUACCUGGAAGCCUCAGAGGAACCCGGAUCAAACCCAAGGGACACGCGGCAGAGUUUCGCUGACCUUUUCGAUUGCAAGGUGCCCACUCCGCCUGGAAACAAGACAUUGACCGAAGAAGCGAAAAAGAAAUUUGAAAAGCUCUACCCGGCCGGAGAGCACGAAGGACUCCAGAGGCUUGAGAAUUUCCUGGAAGAAAAAGGCAAGCAAUACGAGAAGAAUCGUAAUCUUACGAGCGGGGAUGGCACCUCCGUCCUGAGUCCAUAUCUCGCAGCUGGUUCUCUGUCCGCCCGCACCGCCGUGAUCACAGCAAAGCAAGCAAACAAGAAUUGUCUGGACAGGAACGAUUCGAGUCUGGCGACAUGGAUCAGUGAAGUUGCUUGGCGCGAUUUCUAUAAACAUGUCCUAGCGCAUUGGCCGUUCAUCUGUAUGAACAAGUGUUUUAAACCAGAACAUACGAAUAUCGAGUGGGAGUACGACGAGGCCAAGUUUGAAGCCUGGUGCGAAGGCAAGACGGGCUUUCCCAUCGUGGAUGCUGCAAUGAGACAGCUUCGAGGUUCUGCCUGGAUGCAUAAUCGCAGCCGCAUGGUGGUCUCAUCGUUCUUGUCCAAGGACUUGCUGAUUGACUGGCGCCGGGGCGAACGCUAUUUCAUGGAAAAUUUGAUCGAUGGGGACUUCGCCUCGAACCAUGGGGGCUGGGGCUUCGGCUCUAACGAGCGAUUUGACCCGGAGGAAGAGUACAUUCGUCACUGGGUUCCAGAACUCCGCGACAUCAAGGGAAAGGCCAUCCACGACCCGUAUGAACGAGGAGCUGGCGCGCAGGCAGAGAAAAAAGGUUACCCUCGGCCUAUUGUGGAGCAUGGAGCGAGUCGUGAGAGAGCGCUCGCUCAGUUCAAAAAGGCUUUGCAAAGUUAA